CGUAUAAUCUGCACUGUACGUGGAAAAUACAGCUGCAACAGAAAUCGUGUUUGACCAAAUAACAGUGGUUGUAUUAGAAGUUAUAUCGCUGUAAUGGAUCGGUUAGCAUCUUUUUCAAACGAUCCCUUCGACAAGCCGCCGUGUCGGGGCUGCUCGUCCUACCUGGUAGAGCCUUAUAUAAAGUGCUCAGAGUGCGGUCCAACACCUUUCCUCCUCUGUCUUCAGUGUUUCACCAAGGGUUUCGAGUACAAGAAGCACCAGAGUGACCACAAAUAUGAAAUCAUGACGUCAGACUUCCCUGUGCUGGAGCAGGGCUGGACAGCGCAGGAGGAGAUGGCCCUGCUAGAGGCAGUGAUGGACUGUGGCUUUGGGAACUGGCAGGAUGUGGCCUAUCAGAUGCGCUCUAAGACCAAAGAAGAGUGUGAGGCCCACUACAUGAAGAACUUCAUCAACAACCCUCUCUUCUCCUCCACCCUGCUCAGCCUGCGACAGAUAGAGGAGGCCCACAACAUCGACACCGCCAUCCCUUUCAGACCCACAGAUGACCCUCCCAGACCCACCUUUGACUCUCUCCUGUCGCGGGACAUGGCAGGGUACAUGCCUGCAAGAGCAGACUUCAUGGAGGAGUUUGACAACUAUGCGGAAUGGGAUUUAAAAGACAUCGAUUUUGUGGACGAUGACUCUGAUAUCCUGCAUGCCCUGAAGAUCGCUGUGGUUGAUAUUUACCACUCCAGAUUGAAGGAGAGACAACGCAGAAAGAAGAUCAUCCGGGACCAUGGCCUGAUCCACCUGAGGAAGUUCCAGAUGCUGGAGCGCCAUUACCCCAAAGAGGUGCAGGAGCUGUACGAAGCCAUGAGGCGCUUUGCCAGGGUGGUGGGGCCCAUCGAGCACGACAAGUUCAUCGAGAGCCACGCCUUGGAGUUUGAGCUGAGGAAGGAGAUCCGGAGACUGCAGGAGUACAGGAAAGCAGGAAUCCGCUCCUUCUGCAGUGCGAAGGUGUACGAGCGCGUGAAGCGGUCGCGGGAGGACGAGCGCAGGAAGAGGACCAUGCUGUGCGACGUGCUGCAGCUCAUCGAGGACGGGCGCGCCUGCCAGCAGUGGCUGCACAAGCAGGCCGCCAUUGAUGCUGGGAUCAGUCCUGUGGUCACCUCCAUCACUACUUCAGCAGCGGGCAGAAGAAGCGCCCCUCCUCUUAACCUGACAGGCUUGCCUGGCACAGACAAACUCAACGACAGGGAGAAGGAGCUCUGCCAGGUGGUGCGGCUGGUGCCCGGCGCUUACCUGGAGUACAAGCAGGCCCUGCUGAACGAGUGCCGGAGGCAGGGCGGCCUGCGGCUGGCACAGGCCCGGGCACUCAUCAAGAUCGACGUUAACAAGACCCGCAAGAUCUACGACUUCCUCAUCAAGGAGGGCUACAUUAACAAGGCCUAGGCCGGCUGCAGAGCGUCUCUCACACACACCAGCUGAACCACCAGCCGUGAAAUGAGGACCUUAGGUCCUCUCUUUUCUGUAGUCGGGGUGCUUAUUAGGGAAAGGAUGCUGAAGUGUGGGUUUUGUUUCGAACAUCUAACGAGAAGGCAUAUAUCAGGUUUGAGAAUGAACGGGGGUAAGGUUACACCCUUUCGCUUCCGUCUGCCUUCCCACAUUUUAUUACCUUGGCACAUGGAGGUGUGAAAACAUGAACUCCCACAGCUAUCAGGAGUGGAUCUUAACUUUCCCUCCACCUGCACCCGCUAAGUAGGCUGUGGAAUGAGCCCUGCCUGCACUACUGCUAACUGCUAACUGACUGGUUGGAGUUCAUCUCGCUUCUUCUCAUCAGCAUCAUUCCAUAAACACAGACUCUCUCAGUAAUGGAGUAUUAUGGCAUAUCGCAGUGUUUGGAUUGUACCAUUUACACAUAACCUGAUUUGACAUGUACAUUACAUUACAUUACCAGAAUUCGUACACUCAGCACCUGCAGUACAGGGGACCCUCACCAGUCACGCAGGACACCUUAA